AUGUAUCGAUCAGCGCUGCGGUCGACGCCGCGGGCCGCCAACGCCAUCAGACAGAGUGCGCCCAGGAGUGUUGCGCCGCGACGGUUCGCAUCGACGUCGCCGGCAGACAAGAAGAGGAGCUGGAAGAGCUCGGCAGUACGAUGGGGGCUUGCCCUCGGGGCUGUAUACUGGUAUAGCACCAGCCCAACCUUCACAGAGGAGCCGCUGCCUCAACACGUAGCGCCGCCGCCGCAGUUCUCCGAUGACGACCUGCCAACAGUAGAAGCAGUGGUGGCCCAGAAGCGCCGGGAGGCCGAGGAGAGGUCAGCAAAGGCCGCAGCGCUGCCCAAGGAAGAGGUUGCCGUCCCGGCUCCCGCCGACGGAGAUGCUACUGCCGAACCCCCGGCCCCAGAGGCGGAGGCUGGCGCACCCAUGGCAGGAGGACCCGAGGCUCUCGAGGCAGAGGCCGAUCAGCAGGGCGCUUUCAACCCUGAGACCGGAGAGAUCAACUGGGACUGCCCGUGCCUGGGCGGCAUGGCCGACGGCCCCUGUGGUGAAGAGUUCAAGGCCGCAUUCAGCUGUUUUGUGUACUCUAAGGAGGAGCCCAAGGGUAUGGACUGCAUCGAUAAGUUCCAACAUAUGCAGGAUUGUUUCCGGCUGCACCCAGAGGUCUACGGAGAUGAGCUCGCAGAUGAUGAGGAGGAGGCACGGCCUGAAGGCGAAGCAGAGGCCGGGGCGGCAGCCACAAAAGCAGCGCCAGCCGAGGCUGGCCAGCCCAUCGACGCUCCCACGGCCGCAGCGGUUGAUGCUAAGAACGACGUGACGUCUACCACUCCAGCCCACCAAGUUCCGGCAGGCAAUUCGGAGCAGAAGCCGGCCUCGACGGGACCUGCUUCGGGCGUGUAA